GUCAACAUUAGUCAACCUCUAGAAAUUAAUUUAAGCCAAUCAUUAAUAAUACCUCUUUUAUCUUUUGAAAAGAAUAGGGGCUUUAUGGCCUUUAAGCCAUAUUUUUAAUUUUGGUGCAAACAAUGCCCCCUAUAUAAUUGGCUUUUUAGAAAUAAAGCCAUUUAUAUGUAUUUCUUUUAACCAAAAUUUAAAAUUUUAGCUUUCACAAUGGUUAGGCCUAAGGUUUUAUUUUCUGAAAUUGAUAAAAAUUUAUGGAAAGGUGAAAAUUAUCUAGAAAACAUGGUCUCAAAUGUUUCAAAAGUGUGUGAAAAGGUUUUAGAAGAUCAAAAAAUUUCAAAUUCAUCUUCUCCAAAAAGUUUAAAACAAAACUCUAAUUCAAAAAUUAAACCCAAUUCUUCUCCUAAUCCAAAAUUUGAUAGACCCCAAAAUAUGUCAAAUCUUGAAGUUGAGAAGGAGGAACCGCCGGCCACCACGCUGCCAGCAGUCGGCAGCUCUUCGCCUUCGCCGACCAGCUCCACGAGUCCAGCUUUUACAGCUGGGGGUUCUCUUCACGCCGGCAACGGCGAUGUCUUCUGCCAAGAGCAGCCGGCGAUCACUGCUCCUGCUGUGAUUCCCUCGCCGCCGCUCAUCACGGCCACAGUUAGUAGCUCGGUGUCUCCUCUGUUUUCAACGGAAGCCGUUAACUCCCAACAGCUCGGUGGAGAUCCGGCGGGCAGCAGCAAUGGCGAUGCUUCUCGCCAACAACAACCGUCCGUCGUUCCUUUCCAGCGGCAGCAGCAGUCUUCGGUGGCAACGGACAGCAGCUCGGUGCCGUCAUCAAGCCGUUCUUCUCCGCCUGCAGCUGCUCUUCCACCGUCCAGCUCCUCUCCAGCAGUAGUUGUAGAGUCUCCGCCGUCCAGCUUCUCACCAGCGGCAUCGUCCUCCUUGGCAGCAGCGGCGUCUUCUUCGCCCAGCAGCAGCAUUCCAGCAGACGGCUCCUUCGUGGCGGUGGAUAAAACAGCGGGGAGCUCCUCUCUAUCAAUUCCUAGCAGCUCGGCGGCUGCUUCCCCCAAUGUCCAUCGACAGCAACUCAGCCGCGGCCAGGAGUCCGGUCAGCAGGCGCUUUCCACGGACCAGCAGCAGAUCGGCGGUCAUGCUCCGGCAGCAAAUGGCGGUUUGCCAACCAGCUUGGUGGCGGAUCCUGCAUCUUUGUCUCAUAUUUCUCCAUCAUUGGCCGUGUCAGCUAGCGGCUUGCCAACCAAUUUGGUGGCAGAAAUUGUAGCUACUACGCCUGCUUUUAGCUCUGAGACACCAACUUCUGGUUUGGCCAUUUCAAAGGCAACAACUUCUGGUUUUCUGCCAACCAAUACCUCAGGUUCUCCUAAGUUGGUAGCUACCACUUUUUCUGACUUCGCGGCUCAAAAGCCGGCCUCCAACCCCUUUGCUAUACCAUCCACCUCUCCUCCUCCAGGCAAAGGUUUCGUGAUACCUCCUACGGCACCCGUCAGUAGGAGUGUGGGUGUCCCAAUUUCUCCUCUCCUAGUGGGGAUUCCUGGCCGAAAGGAUGCUAUUGAAAAGGAGUUCUAUAGACAAAUUCUGGAUCCAUCAGCCAUUGCUCCUUUUCCACCUUAUGUCACCUUCCAGGACACCUCUUUAACUCCCUUUUUGAAAAAAGGUCUCAUCAUCCAAGGCAUUGGCAAUAAAACUAUUCCAGAAGCUCCUCCCUUCCCUAUGCAUGCGAGCGACGUAUUGGUAUGGGAUUGUGAAGUGACAGGGGCUUCUGAUAUUACUUCCGCCAUUAAGUCAUGGCCUCGUAAGUCUCCUAGAUGGACGGAUUGGGUGGCUCGUCUACGUCCUUACUUCCAGAGGGAUUGGCGGAGAUUGGGGUUACUCCAGCUGAUAGAGAUAAGCGACAGACAUAUUGAGCUGAAUGCGGGUAUGUGCAGAUCUUUUCUUCGCUAUUGGAGUAGUUCAGCCAAUUCUUUUAUUUUUCCUUUCGGCCCGAUGUCAGUUACUUUAAAAGAUGUCUUCAUGCUCACCGGCCUUCCGGUUAUUGGAUUUGACGCCCCUUGUCUAUUUGAGGUAGAGACGAAAGACCUCUAUUCCUACCCAAUUUGUCCGAGUUACCCGGCGUGUGUUUCCAAGUGGAGUGUCUUAACAACACCUCCUUCUUUAGAAGAACAUACCGAAUUUCUAUGGGUCCUAAUAUGCAAGUUCAUUAUGUGCCCCUCCUCUGGCACUCCUACCAAGGAAUAUUGGAAACUUGCAAGUAAUUUAGCCAACGGGACCUUUGUGGCUUUGGGGCCUGUGUUGUUAGGCGCCCUCUACUAUGCUUUUGAGCAGUCUGUUACUACUCACCUCUUGGCCAAGUUAGAUGGUCAUGUGUGGUUGUUACAGUUGUGGAUUUUUACCUACUUCCCAGAGCUAAUGGGUGUAGGGGUAGGUACCUUGUGCACUCCUAUUGUGGAUCUUUUGGCAGUCAAGUGUUGUUUUGAGGAGACCGCCGUCUUUGAUUUUCUUUUUGAACGCACAGCUAGGGAAACCUCGGCUUUGUCCGUUUUUGAUCAUCACUCAUAUAUUCCUCAGUGGAUGGACAUUUUCCCAGGGAAGCCAGGUACACUCCUCCUUAUCAAAAGAAAGCUCUUUUGUGCCUUUACUACCUCUAGGAUGUUAUUUAUGGGAGGGUCUCAAGCCUUCUCUACUCGUGCUUCUAGCCAACAUUGUGUGUCGAAGUUGUACAUGAGUAGCCUUUGGGGUAGGCAGUUUGGGCUUAACCUUUCUCAAAUUCAUCCUUACCUUGAACAACAUGAUGGUGAGUGGACAAGAUCUACUGUAGAGCAGCUUGUCAAGGUAUAUGGUUAUUAUCGUUGUCCUGUGGUAGAGAAUUUGAUUCCAUAUGACUUUGCCUCUUGGUGGGACGAGCGGUUUCAACUCAUCCUGUCCAAAAACGCAGGGAAAGAAGCAAGGCUGCUAGUUCAACCUCCUCAAAGGCCUACUCCAGUGAGCAAGCCUAAGAAACAGGCUAAGAAAAAGAAUCGCAACACCUCUUCAGAGUCAUCUUUUGAGAAGACGGAAUUGCCUAAGACACAAACUAAAAGGAAGAGUCGUGACACUUCUUCGGAUUCGUCUUUUGAGAGGACAGAAUUGCCUAAGACUAGGCAGUCAGGGAGACUCCUCAAAGUAGCCAAAAAACGACAUGCUGGACCUCCUGAGACUGUGGUCUUGGAAGAUGAUUCAGAGGAUGAUCAACUUCCGGACCUACUUCACGAAGCCGCUCAUACAGAAGAAACAACGCUAGAUGUUGAUUCCGAGGCGGCCAUGGAUAGAGAGGAUGAUGGAGUCCUUGACACACAAGGUAUGGAGCAUUCAGGGGAGCAAUGCUCCAAGUCAGCCUCCGAGUCAACUUCUAAAGGCUCCAAGUCAGAGUCUGCUUCUAAAGGUUCUAGGUCAGCCUCUGAGCCAACUUCUAAAGGCUCCAAGUCAGCUUCUGAGUCUGUCUCCAAAGGCUCCAAGUCAGCCUCUGAAAAAGAUUCGGCUACCUCCACUGAAUCCGAGGAACCUUUAUCGCAAAUUAAGAAACUUUCUUCGAUAAUAGCAGAAGACCAAGACCUGGUAGAUUUAAGCUUCUUGGAUGAGAUGAGCACCCCGGAAGCUAGUGUUUCUUUUGUCCCUUUGCCGGCUGACGUCGAGAGAGCUGUUUCUUUAGUCAAGCAUGUCCUCGGCCAGCACAUUUCUAUUGUUACAGAUUCCCAGAAAGAAGAUCUCAUUUCCUCUCUCCAUAUUCUACGCCUUGUUCCUGACUCCGUUGUCACUGAUGAAGUAGAGAAAGAUAUUAUGGGUUCGCUCAACUUGUGGAGGUCUUGUGUUGAGAUCGAGUCAAAUGACCUCCCCAAGUUGAAAUCUUCAAAAGCAGAUAACGCCAGGUAUUUAUCUUUGGGAUCUAAAAGGCAAGAAGUGGCUCAAAAACUACGAGACCUAGAAGCUAGUGGUGAGGCCUUUGAAAAGGAGAUUGAACAACUGGAAACUGCUAUUCUAGCUUUAAAGAGUAAGCAACUUGAUCUUGUGGUGGAAGGCAAGCUUCUAGCCGAGGAAUAUCAAGGAAUCAACUCCCAACUCCAGCCUCUUCAUACUACCAUUCAAGAGAAGAAAAAUGACAUGGUCUCAUGGGUACAAAAUUGUGCUAAGGCUCGUCAAGACAAAGUUGUUUGCCAAUCGAAGUGGAGCAAGUUGCAAGGCCUUUUCUCAGAUUCUUCACCUACUCCAAUGACACUUUUGCUUACACGGCCUUUUGGCCAGUACUUGCUUGGUGACACGUACACCUGCACCUAUACACUUGUACAUGCAUUGCAUUACAGAGACGCCAUUCAGGUACUUUCUAAACUUCAAAUGUCUUGGUGUGAAGAUGGCUCUCCAGCCAUUUGUUUGCUUGUUGUGUUCCACACCAAGAUUCACUUACAGGUACAGCCAUGCAUUGCAUUUUCACUAUGUGUUUAUGUUCCUGGUAUGAAGAUGGCUUUUGCCAUAUACUUGUGUAGUGAUGUGAUGUCCAUACCAGGACUUGUUUCACGAACAAAUCACAUAUGUCACUUACAGCCAUGCAUUGCAUUACAGGGCCGUUUUUGUUUGUUGUUGAAUGUUGUUGAAUUUUCUUUUUAUCCCUUUAGCUUAGUUAGCCAAAGUUUAAGAAGUCUUAGCAGAAUAGAGACCUUAUAA